GUAAAACGGAGUCUGAUGCUAGAAUGUAAGUAAAGGCCUGUUGGUAACUGAACAGGACUGACCGAUGACCAGAUCCGGUUCUACAGACUGUAUUUGGAUCUACGAACCAGCCUCGAAUCGCCGUAUACAUUGGGGUCGGAUCAAAGGUACCGCUGUGGUGUGAUGACACACACAAGCAACGUUCAGCCUCGGAGUUUCAAAGCUGUUCCGGGCUCCUAGUCCAACCCCCACCCCGCGGCCCUCUCGUCACUGAUCGCUGGAACUCGCUGUCAGCUUUGCCCGCAGUCCAGCCGGGUGCCGCCGGGAGAAGCGGAGGAUGGCGGUGGGCAAGCGAGACUGCAGGAUCACCUACUGCCAAAGUGUGGGCUGCGGGGCAGCGGCCGGGGUGCUCAGCCGUUCCCUCACAUGCCCGCUGGACGUGGUGAAGGUACUGAGCCAAGUGGGGACCUUCCACAGCAAGAAGGGCUUCCUCCGAACUUUCCAGCUACUUUGCGAGGCCGAGGGACUGCGAGCUUUGUGGAAGGGGAAUUUCAUCGCCUGCCUGCGCCUUUCCCCCUACAACGCCAUUCAACUGUCGUCUUAUAACAAAUUUAUAAACCUGUUCAUGGACGACUUAGGCCACGUCUCGCACCGUGGUGUCAUUGUAGCAGGGAGCCUGGCAGGAAUCGUGGCCGCUGUCCUGACUUACCCUGCAGAACUGAUUGAGACGCGCCUGAUCGUUCAGAACAGCAGGGCCCCCACCUACAGAGGAAUCGUCCACACUCUCCUGACUAUCUACAGCAGGGAAGGAUUCUCAGCACUUUACCGAGGGGCUACACUGUCAAUACUGGGAGCAGUACCUUUCUCGGCAGGUUCAUUUUUAGUCUACGUUAACCUGGAUAAACUCUGGAACAAGCCCAGUGUGAAAUUCACGCCGCUCCAGAACUUUCUCAAUGGUUGCCUGGCAGCUUCUGUGGCUCAGACCCUUUCCUUCCCUUUUGAGACCGUGAAGAGGAAGAUGCAGGCACAAAGUCCGCUGCUCCCGCACUACGGUGGCGUUGAUGUUCAUUUUACUGGUGUCAUUGACUGUUUCAAGCAAAUUGUGAAGAUAAAGGGUUUUCUGAGUCUGUGGAACGGCCUGUCUGCCAACCUACUAAAGAUUGUCCCGUACUAUGGUUUGAUGUUUAGCACGUUUGAGUUCUGUAAGCGGGCUUGUCUGUACAAGAAUGGCUACAUCGUGUCACCGCUGACCUAUCAGCCCAGCCCUGGAGUCGACCAGAGCAUGAGGGCUGAGGAGCUCCAGGAACUGAAGAGACUGAUCAGGGGGAAGAGCUUCGAGACUGACCGAUCCAGACUUGGCAACAAGUGGUGGGGCUGAGACACCAGACUGAAGGGAUCCCCAUUACAGGAGCCUUGUAAACCUCAAGCACAGACUGCAACUGGCUGGUCAGAAAGAAGCUUCCUCUCCAAACAGCGGGUCCUGCUCAUGUUGCACUGAACGUUGACGAAUUCAAAGCAAAGGUGAACGUGAUAAUGCUGAUUGAGGUGAACUCUCCCUGUAGUUACAUUAGGACAUAGAACAUUGCAGCACAGUACAGGCCCUUCGGCCCACAAUGUUGUGCCAACCACUUAACCUACUCUAAGAUCAAUUUAACCUUUCCCUCCUACAUAGCCUCCAUUCUUCUCUCAUACAUGUGCCUUUCUAAAAUUUCUUAUAUGUCCCUAAUGUAUCUGCCUCAAAACACCAACCCACGAUCCCGCUGUUCCUCCACACUUGCCAAGAAUGCCCACAUUACCCCUGUAUUCUACCUUCAAAUUCAACUUUCCAAAAUGAUUUGCUCCACGCUUGUCUGGGUUGAACUCCAUCUGCCAUUUCUCAGCCCAGCUCAGCAUUUUGUUAAUGUCCCAUUGCAACCUAUAACAACCCUCCACACUAUCCGGGGCUCCUUCAUGUUAUCUGAAAACGUACUAACCCGCUCUUUCACUUCCUCAUUCAAGUCAUUCAUUUAGUCUAUUUAAUAUCAGAGAAUGUAUACAGUAUAAAACCUGAAAUUUGUACUUUUCACGGACAUCUACGAAACAAGAGACCCCAUAGAAUGAAUGAUAGAACAUUGAAGCCCCAAAACACCCUCUCCCCCCACCCUUUGCAGUAGCAGCACCAAAAGUGUCAACCCCCCCACCCCCUACUCACACCAGAAAAAUCACUGACCUCCCCAACCCCCACCAUGCAAGCAACAGCAAAGCCCCCAAAAGAGACCUUGAUCCAGGGUCCGUCAAAACUACAGUCCAUAACCCAGCACUUGGGCACCUCAGACAGGCUCCCUCUCUCCAGCGAGCAGCGGCAUAAAAUACCCUAAAGUCUCAAACUUUGAAAGCUCUUCCUACAAUGAACUGGAUUCCCAAAGCACAAGUUAUUUGCUGCUUAUUUUCAUGGCGAGUUCAGUGACAUCUGUGGGUAUCUGUAAUAUUGAUGUGACUCGGACACCUCUGCAAAUUGAACAAUCACGUUUAUUCACCAGACUUCCAUUUUACCUCUCUACGUCCUGACGUCAUACGCACUCUGACACUACGAGCGCUCACACAAUACAUUACAGCAUCAACCUCCCCUAUUAAUAUGUACGGGUAAUGUGGAGCAAUAGCAUUGUGGCUGUGGCAUCUGAGUAAUCCGAAGGGGCAAUAGAGCAGAGAAAUUAUUUUUAAAGCUUUGAUAAAAACUUUCAUUUUAUAUUGAGCUUUUUUCUUUAAAAAAAAGAACCAAAGGUCUCCUAAGGGGAAGAUGAAUGCCUUGACCAAAGAGAGUGAUGAGGAAUGGGCAUGAUCAAUCUCAACUUACAGUGUAGAACGUUAUGGACUGUGUUCUUAAUUCUGUGAGAAAAACAAAAAGUUAGAAUUAGCAAAGCUGUCUGUUGACGCAAUGACGUCAACGUCUGAAGGUAAUUAUAUUUUAGUAGUUAAUUGGAUAUCAGAAUCCACCUUAUGACUGCAUAAAAAUAAAUCUGAUUUCUAACACGUUUAUUAAAAUCACAGCCGCAUAUUUAUUAGCAGUCUUUUUCUCUGGUAGCAAAACUACCCAGGAUAUUUCAUGGGAAUGUUAUGAGAAAAAAUCUUAAUGCAAGGCUGUUCGGGUAAUAUUUAGGCAGCUAGUCAAAGAGAGCGUUUUAACAGUGGCAGAUAGAGAAAAGGGUUUCGGGUGGGGGGGGGGUUUGGAGGAAACUGCUGCUCGUGCAGCACUAAAUAUCAGCAAGGACUUGGUCACUGAAGGGAUGAGAGGAUUGGUGUCUUUAGGUAGAGCUGAAAGUUAUCAACAUAUUUAACGUAUGGAAACUGCUGUGAUUUGAGAUGCUGUUGCUGAAGGGUAAUGAGUAAAGUGCAGAAAAAAUAACAUGUUGAACUUCUAAGCAAAUACUCACAAUCCUGGUGUGGAUACUUAUCAAGUUAUAGAUCAUUUGCUUCAUUGCACGAAUUAGAAAGGUUAACUUUGACUUUUCUUCCUUGCCUUGUUUUACUAUUCAAACAAAACUCACAGGAUUAGUAAAACAGAAGUUACAAAUGAUUUGCUGAUAUACACUAAUUACCUUUCAGUGGUUCACCAUUUCCAAGUUGUCGUACUAUAACAGACGUCGAAAUGGGUAACAAAUUUAUUCAGUUUUACACUUGAACUCUAUACAAUCUUUAUGCCUGAUGUGGCCAAAGAUAGAAAUUCUUCUGAUCAUCUCAUGUUUUAAUGAUUGUUUAAAUUAUUAUCUAUAAUAAACUUUUAAAGAUGACUAAAAUACUUGUUGCUACACGACUGUCUUAGUAUAUGUAAUAAGUGCUUCAAUAAUGCACCUAUAAAUUGACCAAAGUGUGACAUCCCAAAACAGU